AUGGCACCCGCGCUGAAAAGGAUUCGUUUGGAGCAAUGCAAUGGUAGUGGAUUUGCUCGAGAUGCGGUUCAACGACGAAGAGGUGAAAAGGCGCAUAGAAUCAGCGGACACAAGCAUGAAGAAGCGCUUGGCUUGGCAAUACUGCGCGACUCACCUGUCGGAGAAGCUGAACGUUGUUCUGAGCGGAACAUAGAAAACUGA